AUGUGCCGAGUGGGCCAGCAGCAGCAGCAGCAGCAGCAGCACUACCAACGCCGUCACCACCAGCAGCAACAGCAGCACACCAGCGCCAGCAGCCGAGUGGCCACCUCCACUCCUUCCAGCCUGCACAUGAACUCACUGAAGCUUAGUCCAUCGUCGGCCAACAACAACACCGAGCCACUGAUCGCCGGCCAUGGCCAGAGCGGAGGACAGGCAUUCCACGCUGGCGCUGGCGCAGCCAGCUACGGCCUCCCCACGCACCAUCCCAACUAUGGGGCCCGUGAUUUUCUGAUUAAGCGCGAGCACUCGAUGAGCAUGUCGGCCAUUGCGCCCUUUGCCUCGCACGACAUGUCCUCAGUGCAGCCGCCGAGCAACAUGUUCCCCUCUCACCACGGCAAUCCCAGCGAGAACCACGUGCUCUUCUCCAACUUUGACGGCAGCCACAACUCUAGCCAUGUAAAUAGUCAAAUGCGCCUGCCACUGCACAACACUGACUCAUCGGUGUACGCACGCGGCGAUCACCACCACGGAUUCGCCCAGAAUCACCACCAUCACCCCUACGGUCACAUGGGUCAUCUGACGUCGAUGAACAUGCACUCGGCGGCUCACAGUGCCGCUCUCAUUCGCUACAUGUCGCAAUGUCACCCCUCAUCAAUGAAGCCUCAGGAUCUCGCCUGCCAGUGGAUCGAUCCUGACCAGCCACUGUCAAAGAAAGCCUGCAACAAGAUCUUCUCCUCGAUGCACGAAAUAGUGACCCACAUAACGGUGGAGCACGUCGGCGGCCCGGAGUGCUCCAAUCACACCUGUUUCUGGAGUGACUGUCCUCGCAAUGGACGUCCCUUCAAGGCAAAGUACAAGCUGGUGAAUCACAUUCGAGUGCACACUGGCGAGAAACCAUUUCCUUGUCCAUACCCAACUUGCGGCAAGGUUUUCGCCAGAAGCGAAAAUCUCAAGAUUCACAAGCGCACUCACACCGGAGAGAAACCAUUCAAGUGCGAAUAUGAAGGCUGUGAUCGGCGAUUCGCCAACAGCUCCGAUCGAAAGAAGCACAGCCACGUUCACACCAGUGAUAAGCCGUACAACUGCAAGAUGAAAGGAUGCGACAAGAGCUACACACACCCGAGCUCACUGCGUAAGCACAUGAAGGUGCACGACAAACCAAUGUCACCGCACGGCAUGUCCAACGGAGAUCAGACGUCGACCAUCAGCUCCGGAUCGGGCUACGAGAGUGACGGUAACAGCCGGGCAACUUCGCACACUGCCAGCAGCUCUCCGGUGGUGUCCAGCAGCAGUUCGCACAUGCUCACCUCACUGUCGAACAAUGCAGUUCUGGGUGGACACCACGGGACAAACAGUCUCACCGACUGGUACAUGUCACAGUCAGCCGGCAUGCCCACUCCACCCAGCAAUGAGGCCUCGCCGCUAGGCAGUCAUCCACUUCCCACCUUUCACCACCACCACCCACACGCCGCCAUCAAUACCUACUAG